CACACACAGCACACACACCCACUCAACUCUCUGACGUUCUGAACAAAAACAUCACCCACCCACCCCCACCAGCCCCAGCAACUUUUCACCGUCGUGAGCCCUGCCCACACGCGGCACUGUGCAGGCUUACACCACCACCACCAUCAUCAUCAUCGUCACCGUCUCUUCGUGAAGAAGAAGAAGAAGCAGCGCUCCCGUUUAAACUCAACUCGCCACGUAAGUUUGAGUCGCAGCUACGCGGCGAAUUCUUGCGACGACCAAGACGACAACAACAACAAACAAACAACAACAACAGACUUCGUGUUUGUUGGGCGGGCAAAAGUUUGUCCGCGAGAGAGGCGCCUCCCCCCGCCACCCCCCCCCCCCCCAGAGACUUUUGAUGAUUCGAGCUAGGGGGAGAGGGGGGUGAGAGGGUGGUGAGAGGGUGAGGUUUUUUUUCUGUUUGUUUUACAUUCGCUCGUCCAUUUCACGUUUCGCGUCCCCCCGUUCGUUCGUUCGUUCGCUGGCCUCGCCGAGCUCGGAGUGGGGGGGACGUGCGGACGACGUGCGGAGUCUCCAAAACUUUCACAAGUUUUUUUUGGGGGGGUGGGUGGGUUUGUUGUUGUUGUAGUUGCUGCUUUAUUCUGCGGCGGGGUUUGUUUCGUGUUGUAUGUUGCGAGCGCAGCACGAGUGAUGUUACGGAGGUCUUAGGAUCUCGUUGGCAAGGAUUAUACUCUUUUUUUUAAAAAAUAAUUAUUCCGUUCGGUUUUUUUUGGGGGGGGGGGUUUGUCGCGGGCAGACUUAUUGUCGGAAACUUUCAGCGAAGAGCAGCAACCACCCCACCGAGAGGAGGAGACGUAACUCUCCGUACCCCGCGCGCGCGUGUGUGUGUGGUUUAAAAAUAAAACGUAGUUUGUAGCGUUUUGAAUCGUUUAACGAACGCUUUUAAAACUUCUUAACUGACGAUAGCUGGGAGGCAGGGGGGGUGGGUGGGGUGGAGCGCGCGUGCGUGUGUGUGUGUGGGCUCUUCCGAAGGAAGACACAAACACACACACACGUGAAGACACGCGCGUGAAGUCGACGCACUUUGGGAUAACGCACGUGGCCACGGCGACGACAAAACCCCUCGAGACAAAAUCCGCGCCCGAGAUCCGGCUAAAUCGAGCAAGAAGGCGUGCAGACUUGGGGUGAGAGAGAGAGACACACACGCAGACAGAGAGAGGGAGACACCAGGGGAAACAACACUCGCUCGAAGAAGAAGAAGAAGAGGAAGGAAGCGUCGACCGCACGCGUGGCCGCGAAUCACCAUGGAUCCAAUGUCGGGCACGCAUAGCCCCCAGCAAGUCUUGCACGUGCGUGGCGACUCGGACAGCGACCUCGAGUCGCUCUUCAACGCCGUGAUGAACCCCAAGUCGGCGAACGUCCCCCAGCAGCUGCCCAUGAGGAUGAGGAAGCUGCCCGAUUCGUUCUUCAAGCAGCCCGACGCUGCCGGCGGUGGCGGCGGCGGCUGCGGCUCGCAUUCACGGCAGUCCAGCAGCAGCAGCAGCGUCGGCGUCGGCUGUGGCUUGCCCGCAGACCACCAAACGGUCGUCCCGUCGUCAUCCACCUCGGCCUCUUCCUCCUCGUCGUCCUCUUCCUCGUCGUCGUCUUCUUCAUCCUCCUCGUCGUCGAAUUCGGCGGCUGCGACACUUUCGCCUCUUCUGCCGACUCACAUCAGGGCCAACUCGUCGCCCGCGUCGCUCGCCCUCUCCCCCGGCGCUCUGGGCUCCUUGUCGGCCGUGUCCGCUGCGGGUCAAGGGCCACCGUCAAUGCAGCAGCAGCAGCAGGGCCAAGGGCAGAUGCACCUCCGUCAGCAUUCCUAUGAUGUGGGAGACGAAGCGCCGCUGCCUCCCGGAUGGGAGAUGGCCAAGACACAAUCCGGGCAGAGAUACUUUCUCAAUCACAUCGACCAGACGACAACGUGGCAAGAUCCCCGGAAAUCUUUGGGCCCUCAAAUGAUUCUUCCUUCUCCAGCCAGCCCAGCGACGCAGCAGCAGCAGCAGCGUGGCAUGGGAGUGCAGCAGCAGCAGCCGCAACAGCGUGGCAUGGGAGUGCAGCAGCAGCAGCAGAAUCUGGGUGCCCUUCCGGAAGGCUGGGAGCAAGCCUGUACUCCUGAAGGCGAAAUUUAUUUCAUAAAUCACAAAAACAAAACCACGUCAUGGCUGGAUCCACGACUUGACCCUCGCUACAUGAUGUCUCAGCAGCAGCAGCAGCAGCGCAUGGUACCCAGCGGAGGGGGCAUGGGCUCCCCGGGUAUGGCUCCGCAGAGUCCCCCGACCUCGGGCCCCCCGCUCAUGGCCUUGGGCAGCCCCCCAGCGAUGGUGGCGCAGCAGCAGCAGCAGCAGCAGCAGAGGCAGCAGAAGAUGAGGCUCCAGCGGCUGCAGAUGGAGAAAGACCGGCUACGCAUGCGACAGGAGCAGCUCAUACGGCAGGAGCGCGUUCUGAGGACCCAGCUCCCCAUGGACAUGGAGGCUCUGCCGCAGCACCCCGUGUCGCCGCCCGGGAUGGUCGCGGGACAUGCGCGCCAUCACCACCAGCUCCGACCCCUUCCUCAGCAGCGGCGGGACGUUCCACUCGCGAGAUGAGAGCACGGACAGCGGCCUGGGCCUGAGCAACUACAGCCUGCCCCGCACGCCGGAGGACUUCCUGGGCAACGUCGAGGAGAUGGACACGGGCGAGAGCCUGGGGCCCAACGGGGCCAUCCCCCCGAGCGUCGCGGGGCCCCAGACCACGACGCGCUUCCCCGACUUCCUAGAGGCCGUGCAGGGCACCGCCGGGGAG